AACGUCAAGCGAGUAAAAAAAAAUAUUCUUUUUGUUUUAUUAGUUUUAAGAAUAAACUUGACCUUUAUCCGUGAAACAUGUAAUUUCGUAACCCCGCUAACAUUUGGUUUUUUCCUACAAUUUUACUUUAUUGUUUUAUGUUAUUACCAAGUGUAAAUAGUAAUGUUAGGUUAGAAACUGGACGUUAUAAAAAAAAAAAAUAGAUAAAACAUUUACGAUUAAAUAAUUAAAAAAUUACGCAAUAAAUAUGGAUUACGUGAAGCGGGAGGAAAAUAAUAUAUUGGAUGAGGAGAACUACAAAAUUUACAUGGAAAAUCUGCAAAAGUCACAUCAAAUUGACACCACCGACUAUCAUCACACAAUGUCUAUGGAGCAACUACACCAAGCAGUUGUCCAAUCUUCGUUAAGCACCAGCACAAUUGUACACAACUUCCAACUGCCAAUAUCACCACGACAAAUGUCCACACUCAUGAUGAAAACCAACCACUUGACCCGUUCCUUAAAUUUUAAUGAAUUGCCGGCACAUUUACCAAAAAAUUUAGCUAUGGAUAUGGAAUUACUGGGACUACCAAAUGAUUUAUCACAUAAUUUAAGGCAUGAAGACUUACUAACCCAGAAUUUAUCAAGGAACAUAGAUAAUAUUAUGUUGGCACGUACACUUAAUAACGAUUUGGACCUUCAAAAUAGUUUAGCUCACAUACAAAAUUUGCAAGAUCAAGAAUUAAGUAGAAGCUUAAGUGCAGAAAUGGCACAAAAUAUAAAUAGAGCUAACAUGUCACAAAAUAUGAAUCGUGAAAUGCAACAUGACUUGGGCAACGAAAUUGAUUUGUCACAUUUAAGUCGACAGAAUUUAGAACAUGAUGUAUUAAUGAAUCAGGAAGAUUCUAGAAGGAGUCCAUUAGUUCAAAACGUUGAUAAUCAUUUAUUGGAACAGCAUAUAGCACAAAGAUUGGAGCAACAUAUGACUUUGAAAAUGGAUCAAGCUGUGGAGCGCAUCGAUCAGCAAAGAUUUGAUCAAUCAUUGGCUCAGAGGAUAGAACCGUUAGUACAAAGGUUGGACCCAAGAUUGUUGAAUGCAAAUGCACUGCAUGAGCAAAGGGUGUUGGAACAAAAUGAACAUUUGUUUCCAAUGCCAAUGCAUAUAAAAUCAGAGCAAGAAGAUGAUGGAUAUUUUUAUGAUAACAUAAACCAAGGACUAAGUAGUACUGGGAUUAAUGGUGACAUUCUACCACACACAGACCAUCCUGCCACACAAUCUAAUACCAUCCCCCACGAGGUUUUAUACACCCAUUCGGUCUAUAACAACCAUAGUCUACCAGUGCCAGCCCUGAACCCUAUAGAUUUAUAUUCGCGCCCGCAAAAUUACGUGCAGAAUUACGUAGCGGAGAAUCCCCAAAACUUAGUAGUGCAUAGACAGUUCGAGAACUCCAGCCCUUAUACGGAGGAUUUGAAAAAGAUACGCCACGACUCCGUCAAGAAACACGAUGUCAAAACCGCACAGCCCAAGGAAAACCUAAAACCCACGGAUCAAAAUAAAAUGUACUACGGAUACGAUUACGUGAUAGUAGAAAAGAAUGAGAACGAUUCCAGCUCGAAUAAUAAAUUAACGGAAGAACUAGCGAUGGGUAUAAAAGGAGAGUAUUUGUGCUACAAAUGUAAUGAAAUGUUUCCCUCCAAGAGGGUGCUUAAACAACAUGCAAAAUUAUGCGAAAAUGCAGACGGUACGGAAUUGGAAAAGUUGGGAAAAUUCACUUGCAGCCAAUGUGCAUAUAGGUGUCAAUCGCCCGCUAUACUGAAAAUACACGAGCGCACACAUACCGGCGAGAAACCUUAUGCAUGCACAUUCUGCGAUUACAAGUCCGGCCAGAAGAACAAUGUUGCCAAACACAUAUUAGUACACAUGAAGCAAAAACCUUUUGGUUGUCAAUACUGUGACUAUCGUUGUGCGCAGAAAAACAAUUUAGUGGUACACGAACGGACUCACACCGGUGACAAACCAUUUGCAUGCCCGUACUGUGAUUACCGGACUGUGCAAAAGCCUAACUUGGUCAAGCAUAUGUAUUUGCACACUGACCAAAAACCAUUUAGCUGUGAUCUGUGCAAUUAUAGGUGCGUGCAAAAAGCAAACUUGACAAAACACAAACAGAGGCAUAUGAAUGAAAAGGACGGGGAUAAAGUUGAUAUCAAAACACAAAUUAAGCCAUACAAACCUAGACAAAAAUCUGUGAAAUGCCCGCUGUGUUCAUAUAGGUGCGUUCAGAAAUCCAGUCUCGAGAAGCAUAUGCAGUAUAAACAUGUUGAUGCUGUCGAAUGUCAGGACAAUUUAGACUGUGGUCUCAACUUGAUGAAAAGUGUUUGUGAUAAUAAAACUGAUCAUCACAGUGAAGUAACUAAUCACGAUCAUCACAAUGAUGAUCACGGUUUGAAUCUUAUGAAAAAUGGUCACGUGACCAACACUGAACCUGUAUCUAUUUUUUCAAAGUGUGAAAAAAGUUCUAUUUGAUAGUGAUGUGAACGAAGUGCUGGAACAUUUUAGAUCUUAACUUUUUGGGUUGCUUAAGCAUACUUUUUUGUAUAUAAUGUGAAUCUAGUGUUUUUUUUGUUAGCUUUAAUUUGACGUUUAUUCAUAAUAAUUGAAAAAGGGCCUACGCACAUCGCGAAUUUUCAAUGCAUAGGCAACGCAUU